ACUGGCGAUGUCUCCCACGUCUUCGUUCCAGUGAACCCUGCUUAUGUGGGUGAUGACAGCCCUGGUCAAGCUUACAGAGACCCACUCUUGUCUGGAUGUGAUUGGCUCAAGUCACCCCAAGGACAAAAGUUAAUCGCAUCACUGAUACCCAUGACAUCUAGAGACAGAAUUAAAGCCAUCAGGAAUCAGCCAAGGACCAUGGAAGAAAAAAGGAACCUUAGGAAAAUGGUUGACAGGGAGAAAAGCAAGCAGCCUCGUGGUGUCCUGGACUUCCACUGCUGUGCUCAGGGUCUGAGCUCCAUUGCCCUGGCGUACCGGAGAGCCAAGAGCAGCCUGUCAGAGCUGCUCAGUUCCAUCAGCCUGUGGCAGAAGACACUCAAGGUCAUCGGAGGCAAGUUCGGCACCAGCGUCCUCUCCUAUUUCAACUUUCUCAGGUGGCUUUUGAAGUUCAACAUUUUCUCGUUCGUUGUGACCUUCAGCUUCAUCAUAAUCCCUCAGUUAACUGUGGCCGAAAAGAACAACCUCCAAUUCACUGGACUGGAAUUUUUAACCGGGGCGGGUUAUUUUAGUGACACAGUGAUGUACUACGGCUUUUACACCAACUCUACGAUCCGGCACGGGAACGGUGGGGCAUCCUACGACAUGCAGCUGGCCUACAUCUUCACAGUCGGAGUGUGUUUGGUCAUCUGCUUUUUCAGUUUGCUGUUCAGCAUGGCCAGGUACUUCCGGAACAACUUCAUUAACCCCCACAUUUACUCCAGAGGGAUUGCUAAACUCAUUUUUUGCUGGGACUUCACCGUCACUCACCAAAGUGCUGUAAAGCUGAAACAGAAGAAUCUGAGCACAGAGAUCAGGGAGAACCUGUCAGAAAUCCGUCAGGAGAGCAUCAAGUUAACACUCAAUCAGCAACUGGCCCGCUUCUGUGCCCACCUGGCAGCCUGGGUUGUCUCCACUGGGGUGGCCGUUGCCUGCUGUGUAGCUGUUUAUUACCUGGCUGAGAACAACUCAAAGUUCCUGGAGAACCACAGGGAACCCGGGGCGGUGCUGUUACUGCCUUUCGUUGUGUCCUGCAUCAACCUGGCUGUGCCUCGCUUCUACUCCAUGUUCAGGCUGGUGGAGCGCUACGAGAUGCCGAGGCACGAAGUCUACAUCCUCCUGAUCCGAAACAUCUUUCUGAAAAUAUCAAUCAUUGGAAUUCUUUGUUACUAUUGGCUCAACAUCGUGGCCCUGGCUGGUGAAGAGUGUUGGGAAACCCUCAUUGGCCAGGAGAUCUACAGGCUCCUUCUGAUGGAUUUUGUGUUCUCUUUAGCUGAUUCCUUCCUGGGGGAGUUCCUGAGGAGAAUCAUUGGGAUGCGACUGAUCACAAGUCUUGGCCUGCAGGAGUUUGACAUCGCCAGGAAUGUCCUGGAACUGAUCUAUGCACAGACUCUGGUGUGGAUUGGAACCUUCUUCUGCCCUCUGCUGCCCUUCAUCCAAAUGGUUACUCUUUUCAUCAUGUUCUACGUGAAAAACAUCAGCCUGAUGAUGAAUUUCCAGCCUCCGAGCAAAGCCUGGCGGGCUGCCCAGAUGGUGACUUUCUUCAUCUUCUUGCUCUUCUUCCCGUCCUUCACUGGCGUCCUGUGCACCCUGGCCAUCACCAUCUGGAGAUUGAAACCUUCUGCCAACUGUGGCCCGUUUCGAGGUCUGCCCUUCUUCAUCCAGUCAAUCUACAGCUGGAUCGACACCCUGAGUAAAAGGCCCAGCUACCUGUGGGUGGUGUGGAUCUACCGGAACCUCAUUGGGAGCGUGCACUUCUUCUUCAUCCUCACCCUCAUUGUGUUAAUCAUCACUUAUCUUUACUGGCAGAUCACAGAGGGAAGGAAGAUUAUGAUCAGACUGCUCCAUGAACAGAUCAUUAAUGAGGGCAAAGACAAAAUGUUCCUGAUAGAAAAGUUGAUCAAGCUGCAGGAUAUGGAGAAGAGAGCAAACCCCUCUUCCUUCACACCAGAAAGGAGAGAUGUGGAGUUGGGCCCUUUGCAUGUCAGGGAGCAUGAUGCUGCUCCAGACCUGCGAUUUAGGCGAUCAGUUCAAGAAGAUAAUCCAAAGGUCUGAAAAUUCUUGUGGAAUCCAGACACCAACCAAAUGAGGAAAGAAGACAAAGAUGGAACGACUUCUUCCACGACACCUGGGCCUUCAGGAGCUUCCCAGAAGGGGAAUUCAAGCUGUCAGCCAGGAGUGGAAGCUGACUACAAUAUAAAUACUAAAGCGAAGUUGGGCAUUCCUUGCUGGUUUUUCACUCCUGAAUUGCUCAAUUUUUCAAGACAAACUGGAAUGUUCCAGUAAAGACUGUGGUACUGUUUGAACUAGUUCAAAAACCUGGGAAGAGUGAACCUGAGAAUGAUGUAGUUUAUCUUUAAGAGAUAUGCAUACGAAUUUUUGGUCCUUAGGAGUCUCUCCUCCCAGACAGAGCUCCCAGACCUGGCAAAGGUUUGGAAACUGGUACUAAGUCAAGUGGUCCAGCUUGAAUAAAAAUGGGAUUCUCAGUCAGGGAUGUGAAGCCUCUGAAGUUUGGGACCUGCAUUUGUUUGCGACUUAACUAAAAACAUCCCCGUGUUACCCAAAGGUGAAAUACAACUAGAAGCCUCGUCUAAAAUGUAUUCCUUAGUGAGUACCUGAGUCUUUGGGAUUAGACUGGGGCAGGGGUGUGGACUGGGACUCUGCCCCUGUGGGGUUUUAUACAUGAUCCUCAGAGUCUUAUGUUGAACCAGACGUGAAGCCAGUGGUGAUACGUGGAAUACAGUUAUAUGUAUGUGUCUGUGUCUGUGUGAGUACAUACGCAUAAACAUACGUACAUGUAAAAAACAUUUGUGUGUGUGUGCAGAUUUGCCAAGUGAUUCACAAGGCAUGUGACUGUGCUUAAAACUGAGGGUCCAGCAG